AUGACCGCAUUGAAUUUCAGCAAUUCAGCGAUGCCUCCACCAUCGAAACGAUUGAAAACCGAUGUCGAUGAGGAUGACGCAUCGGAUGCGCACAAAAAAUUAAUCAUCAUUCUAGAAAAAUGUUCAUUAGAAAGCGCUAAAGUUGGUAAAGAUUACGUGAUACUGAGUAGUGAUAAACACGCGAAUUUUUUGAAGAACCAAAAGAAAGAUCCUGCCAACUACAGACCAGAUAUUUUGCAUCAGUGUUUAUUAAUGUUAUUGGACAGUCCCUUGAAUCGAGCAAAUCUUCUACAAAUUUUCAUCCACACAACGAACAAUGUCCUCAUCGAAGUCAGUCCACAGACUCGAAUUCCGAGAACGUUCGACAGAUUUUGUGGAUUAAUGGUUCAGCUGCUGCAUAAGCUGUCGAUUCGUGCGGCGGAUAGUUCUGCUAAAUUGCUGAAAGUGAUACGAAAUCCAGUGAGUGUGCAUUUGCCAGUUGGCUGUCGUAAGAUUCUCACUUCAUUUCAAGCGAACGCGUUGAUCAAAUGUAGUGAAAUCGCAAAAACGGGUGACAAUCGAGCUGUUGCAAUCGUUGUUGGUGGAUUUGCACGAGGCAAAGUAAGUGCCUUCUUUGAACUGCAUAUAUCAUCCAUUUCUCCUUUAAUUCAG